AUGGCUGGAACUGAAACUCCUGUCUAUAAUUUGGUUACUGAGUCCAAUACUUCAUAUGUUCAGACCACUAUAGCUGUGGAACCUUCUGAGAGUGCCCCAAUCCCAUGGAAGAAAAUUGCAUUUUUAAUUAUUGGACUUCUGGGUAUAGCAGCUUUCUCAUCCCUAUGCUAUGGGAUCAGGAAAGAGAUUAAGAAGACGAAAAAAAAGGAAGAAAUGGAGGAGAAGCGAAAGAACACAAAAUACUUUUAUGCGAACUUUGGUCCUGAUGGAUCGAACCGCAUUUAUAUAAUGCAAUCUCCUGGUGAGAAACUUACCAUAAUCUAUCUGCCGGGAGUGGUUGAUAUACGUGAAAAUUUGGUUACUGAAAUAAUAGCAGCAACAAAUAAUGGAAAGAUACCUCCAACAGACGGGAAGGAAAAUAAUCCCAAGCCUGUGAAUAUUGAAGAGCCACAGGCUAUUGAACCAAAGGAGGAGCUCAAGGAGGAGCCUCAAGAAACUGUGGUAAAUAAUGAUGAAAUAGAUAUAGAAAAAGGAAAAAUAGAAGAAAUUGUAGCUGACAUCAAAGAUGAAAAGAAAAAGAAGAAAUGGCGAUUUUUCCCCUUUUCAAAGGAAAAAGGAAAAGAAGACAAUGGAAAGGAAAAGAAAAAGAAAGACAAAAUACAAAAGUGGAAAAGGUUUAUAAAGAAAGAAAAGGAAAGGAAUAUUAUUGACCUUCCUUAAAUACUGGGUAUGAAGCUAAAGGAUCUGGCACAUUCGUCAAUUUGUGUGCCGCUACAUGUACUUUUGAUAAAAAAAGCCACUACCUGCCCCAGAUCAUUUCCUAUUCAGUUGAAUGGGAAGCGGGUCAUCAGUCACCUAUGCAGGGGACUUGUGGUGGGUAAUUUUUGGGCAUCUGGGGUGGGGUGGCUUUUUUUAUAGCCAUUACAAGUUGUUUCCAAGGUGGUAGUGAGGGACUAAGAAGACCUAAUGAACCUCAA